GAUAGCUCGGACGGAAGGCAAAUCGACGAAAUCAAACGAACGGGUCAAAUCGAGUCAAAAUGCGAAAUCGACCAAUCAAUCCGGCGUGGAGGUUAAUCUGCCGGCGAUAUCAACUCGGGGCAGCGGCCGGAUGCGGCGACGGUGAUGGACGCCGGCGACAGUGGCGGAGCGGCAGCUCGACGGCGAUGAGCAGCGACUGGCGGCGCUGCAAUCGACGGAGGCGGACGACCGACGAAGGCGAAACAGCGGCGUUGCACUCGACGGCGAGGAUGGCCGCUAUGCAAAGGGCGACGGCGGCGCUCGAUUCUGGCGAAGGCGAAGCAGCAGCUGGAAGCUCGGCGACGGCGGCUGGAGGCUCGGCGACGCUGAGCGGCGGCUACUGGCGAAGGAAGCAGCGGCGGCGCUGGAGGCUUGGCGACGCUGGGCAGCGACUGGCUUCCGGCGACGGUAAGGUCGCAAUUGGCUGGUGCGGCGAGGCUGGGGAAGGCGACGGCGGCUCCAAUUGGACGGCGGAG